UUUUCACCAAUAAUAUUAUAAAUUAUAAUUGGUGCACAAUGUAGUUAGCAUGAGCAUGCACUUCGAAUGCAUUACUGCUACUGGUAGGUAUUAUUAAAUUAAAAAAGGCUUGGUAGAUGUAGGCAUUUGUUGAUAUGUGUCUAGUUUAGACCCAGGAUUGAUCAAAAUUGAUCUGGCUGCAGGAAGUAAAAAAGUUCCUGAUACACCAUGACAAUUUUAAUGGUUAUGAAUUAUGUCAUCAUAUUCUCAUGCCAAAUGCCUGCAUGUAAGGUACUUUGGCAUUCCAAUAACCAGUAUACUUGGUACUUAUCCAGACAUGGAUCUGUACAUGUAACUACAGGUCUGUUAUGUAGAUCUGUCUACACUGUCAAUAGUUUUCAACUUACUGUUAGGAGGGUGUACAUUAUGAAGGAUGAUAAGAGGAUUGGGGAACCAACCCAACUAAUAAUGGAUGUAAAAAAAAAAUUCUGCCAUAGAAAUAACAGAUACUUGCACGGAAGGGGAAGAGGAGAGGGAAGAAAUCUAGAAAAAGAGAGAUAAAUGUGAAUGUGAGGAUCUUAGCGAGGUAGGACAUUACUUAACAAGGAUUUCGGCAGGUUUUCUCUUUAAUGACAUGUGGUAUCAAACUAUCAUCUCUUUUUUGGUUUUGUGUAAUUAUAGGGGACUGCUUCUGUUUUAAGGAGCUGGUCUAGGUUGUUCCACAAAUGAAUAUCAGUUUCUAUUGGGUUCCUCAAUCACUCAUCCAUACCCUCAAAAUAAAUAUGAAAUUUUUUAACUUUAGUUUAUAUUGCAUAUGUAUAUAUAGUUAUACUUACAUGCAUUCAUACAUAUUUAACUGUACAACAGGUGAUUAGUGAACAAUAUUUUAUUCAAUAUCAGUUCAUUUAUUUUUCAAAUGAUAAUAUAUGUUAGCAGUUCAAAAUUUUACACCCAUCUAAGAAUUUCAUUGCUAACAUUUCUAAGUUUUACUAUGGUUAUGAUUUAAAACGUGGUUUUAAUGAAAUUUGAAAUGAACCUCUAUGUCGUCAACCAUAAAUCUGCAAAGAUGUGUAAAAAUUCUUCAGAACAUUUAAAACGACCUAUAAGUUUUAUUUUUGUUUCUUACAGCCCCUGCUCCAAUUUUUAAGACCUUUUGAUGCACAUAUUAAAAAAUGUCGGUAGUGUAAUUAAUGUGUAAAAUUUGUUUGUCACAAUUACUAAAUUAUCCUCUAUGUACAUCUGUGUUCAAUGCUGAUUUUUCAUAUUCCAAGACAAAUUGGUAGUACUAAGAAGGGAUACAUUUGAAAAAAUAAAUAAUAAUUGUAUGUAGAAAUUUGCUAUGGGUCUUAUAUUGACAAACAAAUGUUCCAAAUGGCUAUUAUAAUUAGGUACUGAGGGAGGGUAAAAUCUGACUGGCUCUCUACAGUGGUUAGCUUAAGUAUUUACUGCUUAGGAAAAGUAAUUUGUAAACUAUCGAUUAUUGAGUUCUUUAAUUUUGUUGUCAACAGAGUUAUUCUAUUUUUGAAGGACAUCCCACCCCUUAUUAUACUUGGCUUGUUGUGAGUAAUUAUUGUUAUUGAGAACAUAUUUCAUGCUAUUGGUGUUAUUUGUUCUUGAUGUAGGAGGAUUGUGCGUAUCAAAGAAGAAAUCGCGCGUCGGAAAGCAUUUUAAUAUUUAAGCAAUAUUUAAGCGAUUUUAGUUUUAAUAUUUAAGUAAUUUCUAUUUUAUUUGUUUUAUUUAAUUUUGUUUUGGAUUAAAGGCCCAUAAGGCCCAAUAGGGUUUAUUUGUUUUCUGUAUUUAAAGACCUUUGGCAUGGCCAUAAGGAUUAUCUCUUUUAUUAUAUAGAAUCCAAAGUUUUCUUUAGUCCUUGGUGGACUCCAGAGCUUAUCUAUAGGGUUUGCGCUUGCAACCCUGUUUUCAUUCAAGGUUUAGCGCUUGCUAUUUCUUUGGGCGGCUUCCGACUGCGUCAGUUGGCAUCAGAGCAGGUUUUCUCCUGUUCUUUUCGUAGCUUGACAACUAUGGCGGACCAACCGGUGACCAAAGCAGAUCUUGAGGAAUUACCACGGCUUUUACCGCGGCUCUAACUGCUUUGACUGAACAGAUGGCGAAUUUAGCAAAUCAGGCGAACAACGCCAACAACAACAACAAUGGGAAUCGGCGAAGAAACAGGAGAGAGGAACCGAUUAGGGUUCUACGGGGUGGAAACUGUGUCGAAGAUUCAAGUUCUGAUGAAGAAGAACCUUACGAUGAAGAAGAUAAUCGUAGGAAUCUACAGAACAACCAUGACUAUCGAGUGAAGGCUGAUAUUCCAUUGUUCUACGGAACUAUGGGAGUGGAGGAGUUUCUUGAUUGGCAGAUCGACGUCGACAGGUUCUUCGACGUUAUGGGUGUCCCUGAGAACAAGCAAGUCAAGAUGGUUGCGAUCAGACUUAAAAGUACUGCAGCUGUCUGGUGGGAUAAACUUGUUGUUCAAAGGCAGAGACAAAGAAAGGGGCCAGUCAGAACUUGGAGAAGAAUGAAACAAUUGAUGCUGGAGCGGUUUUUACCGGAGGAUUAUGAGCAGAUUCUUUAUAAGAUGUACAUCGAGUGUGUUCAGGGCAAGAGAACCGUGACUGAAUACACAGCUGAGUUCCUGCGGUUUUCUGAGCGCAAUGAAUUGGGAGAAUCAGAAAGCCAAAAAGUGGCUCGAUACAUCAGUGGCCUAAAGGGAUCCUUGCAGGAGAAGAUGGGUUUACAGACUGUAUGGACCGUUAGUGAAGCAUCCAGUUUGGCUUUGAAGGCAGAAUUGAUGGAGAAAUCCCCUCGAAAUUUCUCGUCUAUUGAAAGGUAUUCACCCCAAAGUAACUGUGAAUCAGCAGGUGACAAGGAAAAGAAUGCAACACCCCGGGAUUCCAAUCUUGAGAAUAAGGGGGUUAGCAGCUCUAGCAGUGUGCAGCAUGGUAAAGCACCAAUUCAGAGGCCAAAUAAUCCAUAUGCUAGACCCGCUAUAGACAUAUGUUAUCGUUGUAACGGAAGAUGCCACAAAUCAAAUGUUUGUCCAACAAGAAGAGUCGCUGCUGUUGUGGAAGAAAGGGAGGAAGAUGAGGAAAGACAAGAUUCUACAGUAAAGAACGAUGAGUAUGCCGAUGUUGAGUUUGCGGUGGAAGAAUCUGAUGAGAGGGUAAAUUUUGUGUUGCAACGAAUGUUACUAGCAUCCAAAGACGAAGGGCAGCGCAAGAAUUUGUUCAAGACACAUUGUUCUAUCAAGAACAAAGUGUGUAAUCUAAUUGUGGAUAGUGGCAGCAUGGAGAAUCUGGUGUCGAAAAAAUUGGUAGAUUAUUUGAAGUUGUCCACAAAACCACAUGAGAAGCCGUACAACCUCGGUUGGGUAAGUAAGGGCUCCCAAGUUCGAGUAACACUAACCUGCAGAGUUCCUAUCUCCAUCGGAAAACAUUAUAGAGAAGAGGUACUUUGUGAUGUUCUUGAUAUGGAUGUUUGUCAUAUUUUACUUGGUAGGCCUUGGCAGUUUGAUAAUGAUAUCACUUAUCGAGGACGGGAUAACGUGAUGAUGUUUACAUGGGGCACACAUAAAAUUGCUAUGGCUCCUGUUUUGCACUUUGAUAAGAAUCCAAGAGGAAAGAAUCCUAGAUUCUUGAUGAUGACGCAUAGUGAAAAGGAGCUUAAUGAGGCUGUAAAAGAAACCGAAUGUUUCUGUCCAGUGGUGAUCAAAGGGUUGAUGAAUGCUAUAAAGGAGGAAACAAUUCCAGAAGAACUGCUAGGGAUCCUAAAGGAUUUCAAAGAGUUGACCGCAGAUGAGCUGGCAACCGAUUUGCCUCCUAUGCGAGAUAAACACAUGGAAGUUAAAGUUUUCAAUGUGGGAGAAGAUGUGAUGGCAUUUCGACGUAAGGAGAGGUUUUCAGUUGGUACUUACAAUUAUAGCAAGCUGCCAGAUGAAGUUCUUUAUCAAGAAGAGAACUCGGGGUCGAGUUCUUCAGAAGUGAAGGAGACUGAUGUAGGAGGAUUGUGCGUAUCAAAGAAGAAAUCGCGCGUCGGAAAGCAUUUUAAUAUUUAAGCAAUAUUUAAGCGAUUUUAGUUUUAAUAUUUAAGUAAUUUCUAUUUUAUUUGUUUUAUUUAAUUUUGUUUUGGAUUAAAGGCCCAUAAGGCCCAAUAGGGUUUAUUUGUUUUCUGUAUUUAAAGACAUUUGGCGUGGCCAUAAGGAUUAUCUCUUUUAUUAUAUAGAAUCCAAAGUUUUCUUUAUUCCUGGUGGACUCCAUAGCUUAUCUAUAGGGUUUGCGCUUGCAACCCUGUUUUCAUUCAAGGUUUAGCGCUUGCUAUUCCUUUGGGCGGCUUCCGACUGCGUCAGUUCUUUAUGCUGCAAAACUCACCUGACUGAAUGGACUUGUUUUGAGCUUUUCUUGUCCUUCAUAUUAUAUAGCCAAUGAAAAUGCCAUUAGCUCGUUGUUUCAGUGCAAAAUUUGCAUUUCCCAUCUAAUGGUGUGUAU